UAGGAACUAAACACGUGCGAAUUCUUAUGUCAUUCGCUGUGAAAGUGAGAAGAUGUCGUUAACAAAGGAUGAAAACAUGUCAGAGGAACGGGUCUCUGAGGAGCUGCCUGGUGAUGAGAAUGUUUCACAGACCAACGAAUCAGGUAACCCUGACCUCAUAGAAGAAGGAGACAGCAAAGAGAGUUCUCCGGAGUCCAAUAAGCCAGCAUUAAGUGAUGGGGACAGUGAUGAUGAGGGCCAAGAAGAGGAGGAUGACACAGAUGAGGAGGAAGAUUCUGAUACUGAGAAAGACAAAACAGAUGACACAACCAAGAACAAAAUAAAGGCUAAGCCUAAAAAACCUGUUCUGGUGAAUGUGUUUGCGCAAUGUACUUCAAGUGACUUGCUGGAUUCAUCAGUCUCACUAAGAAAUCUCAUGGAAGACAAUGAUGUGAAUGUUAAGGACAUAAAAUUGUCAACAGAACCAAUUUGGAUCAGGUUAGGGCAGCUAGAGCUGGAAAAAACAGAUGACCGAGAAAAAGCACUGGUGCUGUCUGGCAAACUUUUGAAUGGGAAGGAGAUAAUGGUGGAGAGGGUACGAGAUAACGCUAAUGAUCGUCUUUACGCCCCUGAUGAGUGUAUAUUAUUUAUUAGAAAUUUAUCAAAAACAGCUACUGAAGAACAGUUGCGAAGUCUCUAUCCAAAAGCCAAAGAAAUUCGCCUACCAAAGAAAAAUGGUAAAAAUAGGGGAUUUGCAUUUAUUAAUUUUGCCACGAAAAAAGAAGUUGUGGAAUUAAUCAGAGAUAGACAGUCAGAAGAGCUGGAUGGGAAAACUUUAAAGCUUGGCACAUACACAUCAAAGGAAAAACUGGAGUCCAGGAAACAACACUCUAAAGCAAAUUCUACAAAGAAGUCAUUGGUAACAAGACCAGCUAUUUCUGGAGGCAAGCCUGGAGGUGGUAUGAAGUCUGGUGGUGGCAGACCAAACUAUGCUGGUUAUUACAGUAGGCAGUAUGGAGGAGGUCGCUACCCUAACCAAAUACGUUCACUGCUUGACAUUGACACUUCUGGAUUUGGAAAUGUAGGUCGUUACCAAGGAGAUCAGUUCCACCCUCUUUUUGAUGAGUAUGGGUUCUAUAAUGGAGACUUUGGCCUUGAUAAUUAUUUAUAUGACUUGCACAGUCGUAUGGGUCUGGAGAGUGGAUUGGCCAAACGCAUGGGGAUAGGCCGUGGGUAUGCAGGGCAUUAUGGAAUGGACAGGCGAUUUGUUGGCAUGAAUGAUGCUGGUAUGGGGUAUGGGCGCGGGGUUGGCGGAUCUGACCGCAGACAACUUGGGAUAGACAGCAGGACGGGUGGAUUCACAGGAUAUGGAAACCCCGGUGCUUAUAUUGAUGGCAGUGUCAACAGUUACAGAAAUACUGACAGGAAGAGAAAUCGCUCUGGAGGGAGUAGAAUACCCAAAGGAAAGUCUGGAUGGCCAGCCAAGUAAGGCAGGGGUAGCCAGACAUGUAGUGGAAACUUGAUAAGAUCAUUCUCCUUGUUAUUUGGGACAGAUUGUAAUCUCUGUGCAUAUGAUACCGUCACCAUAGCCCAGAUAUGGGUGAGGAGAGAAGUGUGGCAAAGAGGCCAAGAUUUUCCUGGAUGUUAUCCUUAAUAAAAGACUGGUGUUUAUCUUUCCAGACAUUUUUCUGAAACACUUUAAACUGAAUUCAAAGCUAGAUGUGUUACAUCAAUAUGGAUAAAGACAACAUGGAAAAUUUCAGUGUUUUAUACAUAUUGAUGUCAAACAAAUUUUCAAAGCUUAUCCAAAUUGGUGACUCACAAAGUUUAAUUGGUGUGAACUUUAGUCACAGUUUUUUUUUUUUGUUUCACCAUAAAUUGCUAUAAAUUAUAAGAGCAAAACAUUAUUAUUAAUAAGGUAAUAAACAUAAACUAAAUAUGUGUCACAAGGAAAAGUGUUGAUGACCAAAUGUCAUGCUGGCCAGUAAGUUUUGUGAAGUAGCCACAACCCUAGUGAGCUGUAAGCCUCUCCUCUGGUAUAUGUUGUGCACCACUGAAUUGAAAUGGGUCUGCAGUGGUUUAUCUUCAGCCUAUGUUUUCUCUUUUUGACAUGUAUAUUUUACAUUUACUGUAUAUUGUUACACAUGUACUUUUCAAUUGGUUAUACAGACUCCAUGCAUACUAUGUCUUUGCAGUAAUUGGCUAUCUAAUUAUUAUAUUAAUGUAAUUAAAAGAUUAAAGUUGAGAUUACCAUAAAUGUUCCUGUCCAUUUUGAAAGGUGACAACUCUGUACCAAAUGAAAUCACUGAAUUGUAUGUGGCAAGGUUAACAAAAUUACAUUUUCAGUGAUAUUGCAUUUGAUCAACAUCACUGUAAACUUGGUUGUUAUUCACUUUGGUGGUGUUUUGCGGGUGCUGUACAGACUUUUGCUUGGGAUAAAACAUUCAGUUUUGGUUUGUCCAACACGGUUUUGGUGUGAAGAAUGUCCAAUCAGGAUGUCAUUUACUGGGAUUUGUUGAUACGUCAUGGCACAAAAUAAACUUGAUUUCACUGAGUGUUAAAGUUUGUUUUGUUGAUGUACUGAUGGAAGUGUAUAGGAAUUAUUAGUAUACGUACUGGUUUUAAAAUAGUUUUUUUUUUUAAUUAUAUGUUCCAGAAUACACUGCAUGAUGUUUCAGACUCAACUGUUACUAGCUAGUCUAUAUGAAGCUAGGACACCAUUUUCACAAUGUCGAGGUUUAACCAGAGCCUUUAUUCAGAUACACACACAUGUACUGAACAGAGGUGGAGUUCUUGACAGUAGAUGGUAUAUCAUGUGCAUAGAGCACAUUUGACAUCAAAUGUUUUACGUUGAAGUGAAAAAGAAAGACUUCAUAUUGUUGUACAUGACUUUGAAGUUUUGCAGUUGUGCAAAUUUGAACCCACUGUAUGUGAAUGAAGCAAGAUCAUUCACAAACAAUUUUUUCUUGCUACUCAUAUUGUAUAUUAUGCUGGACUUGCAUGUUUUUUUUAUUGUCAGUGUAUUUUGUAAGUUGACCAAAUGCUGUUUGCUAAAGUUUAUUGAUUUUUUUUUUCAUUUAUAGAAGAUGGUAAUAAGAGAUCUUUGUCUUUUCAUAUUUUAGUUCAGUUUAUGCUACAUGUAUUUAUUUUCUUUGUGGAACUCACGAGAGUUUCUCAGAAAUGCUGCAUUUCCUACAAAUUGUUGCUUUCUUUCAGUGAUGUUCACAGAAGUGUGGCUUUGCUUGUUGAACAGAGACUAAGUGUAUGCCACAUUUUAAUCAAUUAAAAACAUAUC